UCAUACGAUCAUAAUGAUGAUUUAAAAAAUCAUCAUAAUUAUUCGAAAUAGAAUAAGGUGAUAAAAUGUUAGGCGAUCAAAACCAGAUGAUAUCAUCGAAUCAAUCAUCAUCAUCAUCAUCAUCGUCAUCUUUUAUUCUUUCCACAAUGUUGACCAAACACGGUGAAAAAGAGUUGCUCAUUUUAAAGAAUAAAGAACAUGAAUCAUGGAUUCAUUGUUUUUUGCAAGAAAUUCAACAUUCAAAUUCCUCAUCAUCAUCAUCAUCAUAUUCAUCAUCACAUUUAUCUCAAUCAUCACGUGAUCGUACUUCAUCCGGUUCAUCGGAUUCAUCAAUUCGAGAUGAUCUUAAGAAAAAAAAACGAGCCAUUGUUAAAUUGCAACAACAUUUGCAACAAGAAAUGCCUGAAAUGUCCGAUGAACAACGGAAACAAUUUUAUGAUUUUGCCCUUACUCGUAUAUUCGAUUUGAUGGUCGGUGAAUCAGCAACGAAUUUGAUUGAUGUUAAAUCCGGUAUAAUGUUGAUGUGUAUAUUGUUGGAUGCUCCUAUAUCGGAAAAAAAACGACCACCAAUUUGUGCACCAUUCGCUAAUCACCUACGCAAUGUAAAUCUAAAUUCAUCUGAUUUAGAACUAUUGGAUCUGAUUGCCUGUGCUGUUGGUAAAAUUGCAUUGAAUUCCGGAUCAUCGACACCAAAUUUUGUUGAAUUUGAAAUUCGUCGUGCCAUCGAAUUGAUUGGGAAUGAAAAAAAUGAUCUCCAAAAACGCCAUUCGGCUAUUUUAAAUCUACGUGAAUUAGCCAAUAUUACACCAUCAUAUUUUUUCAAUCAUGUGAUGCAUAUUUUUGAAAAUAUUUUCAUUGCCAUUUAUGAGCCGAAACUAAGAGAACCCGCAAUUGCAGCUUUAAGAUCGGCGUUGUCCGUUGUUGUUCAACGUGAACGUCUAGCAUCGAAUAUUUCAUCAUCAUCAUCAUCAAAAUCCUCUUCGGCUGCUCGUUCUCGUAUUGAUCAACAGAUACCCAUGUGUUAUGAAUUAUGUUACAAAGAAGUGAUUAAAAGUUUUGAAGAUCGAGAUCGAUCAUCAAAAGAUCGUGAUGAUCGAAUUCAUGCCGCUUUAUUGAUAUUAAACGAAUUAUUCCGAUGUUCACAUGAUUCAUCAGUCAUAUUUCGUGAUUCGAUUAGCCGACAAUUGGAUUUUCUUUACAUCAAUCUUCGUGAAUUAAAUGAUUUUAAUUCGUUCUAUUUUUCCAACUAUUUAUUCGGCCAUUUUGAUUAUCCAAUUUCAUUCGAUACAAUUGGCCAAAAUGUAUCGAAUUCGUCGAAAAAAUCACAUGGACAAAGUGGUGGUGAUCAUUUAUCUGAUUGGCAUUAUGGAUAUCUAACGAAAUUAUUUCGAAACAAUACUAAUCUAGAUUCAUCAACAAUGCCAUUAAUGUAUGGUCUUCGUACAUUACAAUCGAUGGUUAAUUAUCAUAAAGAAAUGGGUCUAGCACCGAUUCUAUCAUUUUUUCAUAAACGUAAAUUCUCAAAACUAAGCACACUUUGUCAUCAAUUGAUUCAGAAUCAUUUUGCCGCCAUUUGUUCACAUUUAAUUUCGUUGUUGAAAUUGAAAAAUUCAUUACAAAUCAAUCAGGUUUUAUUAUUGGUUCUACCAUCAUUAACAUCAUUGAAUCCUAAAGAUUUUUCACAAACUGGUCAUUAUGUCAAUGAUUCUAUACAAUAUCUAUUGAUUUGUAUUAAAAAUUCAGCCUUACGAUCAUUGGCAUUCAUAUCGCUUGGUUUGUUUGCAUUAUCAAUCAAAGAUGUUUCAGAAAAUGCUAUCGAUCAACAUUUACCGUUAAUGAUUAGCCAGAUUCGUCAAUGUUUUCCUGGUAAAGAUCAUACACAUCAUCAUCAGUCAACACCAUUAUCAUCAUCUACAUCGAAAAAACAUCGACAACAAUCAUCGAUGACAAAUCACCAUCAUCCGGAUCCUGCCAUAUUUACUUGUCUAUCUUUUAUUGCACAAGCUGUUGGUAGAAAAAUUUGCUCAGAAAUAGCUGAAAUGUUACCAUCAAUGCUUUCGAUGGGCCUCAGUGAACCAUUAGUGAAUUCAUUAUAUGAUAUUUGUAAAUACAUACCUGAACUUAAACGAGAUAUACAUGAAGGCCUGUUGAAGAUUCUUAGCUUAAUCAUAAUGGAUCGUCCAAUGAUUCGUCCUAAAUUGUUGGCAGCUGAUGGUGGCAGUUCAUCAUUCAUGUCAUUAUCCGCUCAUAGUCUUAGCGGUGGUUCAAUUGAUCGUUCAAUGGAUUCAUCGAUUACAAUGUCUACGACCGAUUUGGAAACAUUGAAAUUAGCAUUGAAAGUUUUGGGAAGAUUUGAUUUCAAACCACAAUAUUUUUUCAUGUUUCUACCACAUUGUGCCAAUCAAUAUUUAAUGCAUGAAAAUCGAGAAAUACGAUUAGAAGCCGUACAUACGUGUUGUCAACUAUUGAAACCAUUUCUAAAGCCAAACAAUGGUUUUGAAAAGAUGACAAAAGAUGUUUUACAAAAACUGCUUAUAGUUGGCAUAACCGAUCAAGAUAAAUUUGUUCGCUAUUCUGUUCUAUCACGUUUGGAUGAAUAUUUUGAUUAUUACCUGGCACAGGCAAUUAAUCUUGAAUCACUUCAACUAACUGUUUAUGAUGAAUGUUUUGAAAUUCGUGAACUUGGUGUUUGUAUUAAUGGACGUUUAUCGAGCUUAAAUCCAGCAUAUGUGAUGCCAUUUUUAUUGCGAGUAUUGUUACAAUUUCUUAGUGAAUUUGAACAUUCUGGUAUUGCAAAAAAUCUAGAACAAUCGGCAAGAAUGUUAGGACAUUUAUUAGCUUCUGCACCAAGAUUUUCUCGUCCAUAUACUGAACCAAUAUUAAAAGUUUUUCUGCCUAAACUUCGUGAUCCACAACAAUCACAAGCUGUGGUUACAGCUGUAAUGAGUGCUGUUGGUGAAUUGGCCAUUGUUUCCGGAUUAGAAAUGCGUGCCUAUUUUUAUGAAUUAUUUCCAAUAAUAUUGGAUGCCGUACAGGAUACAAAUUCAUUUCAAAAACGUGAAAUUGCACUCUGGACAAUGGGUAGAUUGAUUGAAAAUUGUGGCUAUGUGAUUGAACCAUAUACAAAAUUUCCCACAUUAAUGGAGGUAUUGUUUUCCAUAAUGAAAUCUGAACCAACUAAAUCAUCACAGCUUAUACGGCGAGAAACUAUACGAGUUCUUGGAUUGUUGGGUGCUGUUGAUCCAUAUUGGCAUAAAAUUAACAUGGGUUUCAUCGAUCUAUCCGGUGAAUCACUGAUUAGUUAUGAUCCUGCAUUGGAACAAGAAGCUAAUUCAUAUGAAAUGAUUUGGGGUACAUUUUCAAGUGAUGAUUUUUAUAGUUCACAAGCAAUCAAUACAUUGGUAGCCGUUAUGAAAGAUCCACAAGCAAGUAGCCAACAUACAAUGGCCGUUCAGGCUAUGGCUUUCAUUUUUAAUGUUCUCAAAGUUCGUUCAGUACCAUAUCUGCCAAGCAUUCUACCACCAUUCAUCAAUAUUAUUCGAACUGGUGAUCCAAAAAUCCGUGAAUUUCUUCUACAACAAUUAGGACGAAUUAUAUCGGCCGUGAAAAAACAUAUCCGAUCCUAUUUGGAUGAUAUAUUCAAAGUACUACGUGAAUUAUGGACAACAAAUAAUUCAACAAUGCAAUUAACAUUGUUCAAUGUUGUCGAUCAGAUUGUAUUAGCACUUGGUUCAGAAUUUCGUAAUUAUGUUCCACAUUUGAUACCACAUAUAUUGAAAGUAUUCAAUCAUGAUGCUAGUCCACAAAAAGAAGUGACAAUGAAACUAUUAUCUGCAUUACAAAAUUUUGGCAUCACACUUGAAGAUUAUUUUCAUCUAUUAAUAACACCCAUUCUACGAUUGUUCGAUGUACCGAUUGAACAAAAACGUGCUUCUGAUCUACGAAUAUCGGCUAUAAAAACUAUUGAAAUAUUUUGUCGUGAUCUUUCUCUGAAAGAAUUUGCUCCACGUAUCAUACAUGCAUUGGUGAAAACGAUCGAUGAUAAUCCUCAUGAUAAACGAUUAUUUCAACAAGCAAUGGAUACAUUAUGUAGAAUUGUAUUUCAAUUGGAUACUAAAUUUAAAAUAUACAUAUCAUUAGUAUCAAAAGUGUUGCAGAAACAUAAAUUAUUACAUGAUAAAUAUGAAUUAUUAGCGGAUAAAAUCCAGAAUGAUAUUUCUAUUGGUGAAAUAGAUCCAGAUGCUUUGUUGUUACCACCAAGUCUUGUAAGAAAAGCCGGUGUAAAUCGUCGUAAUUAUGAAAGUGAAUCACAACAACAGCAACAACAACCAGGUCAAUCGGAUGCAAAAAGAGCUACAUUGUCAUUGGAAGAGAUAAAACAUGCAUGGCAUCAAUGUUCACGUCGUAUUUCGAAAGAAGAUUGGCUUGAUUGGCUACGAAAAUUCAAUGUUGAUCUAAUUAAAGAAUCACCAUCACUUUCACUACGAUCUUGUUUUCCAAUAGCACAAUCUUGUAAUAAUGUUGCACGUGAAUUAUUUAAUCCAGCAUUCUGGUCAUGUUGGAAUGAACUAAGCCAAUCACAACAGCAAGAAUUGGUAACAUUAUUGGAAGAAACAAUGAAAGAACAAGAAGUACCUGAAGUUACAGGAAUUUUAUUGAAUUUGGCCGAAUUUCUUGAACACAUUGAUCAAGGACCAUUAAUGUUUGAUGUAAAAGUUCUUUCUGAACGUGCAAUGAAAUGUCGUGCAUAUGCAAAAGCAUUACAUUAUAAAGAGAAAGAAUUUCAAGAACGUCCAACAACAGAAAAUCUAGGUGCAUUGAUUACUAUAAAUAAUAAACUACAACAACCACAAGCUGCAUAUGGUUGUUUAGCUUAUGCACUGAAAUCUACCGAAAUUAAGGAUAUUGAAAUCAAAGAAAAAUGGUUUGAAAAAUUACAUAAUUAUGAAAGUGCAUUCCUUGCAUAUAAAAUGCGUUAUGAACAAAAUUGUAAUGAUCAUGAUGCUUUACUUGGCCAGAUGAGAUGUUUAGAAGUAUUGAGCGAAUGGGAACGACUGUAUUCAUUAGCACAGCAAACAUUUAACGAUGUUAGUGAAUAUUAUCAACAACGUAUGGCACGUAUGGCCGUUACAGCUACUUGGAGUUUAAAUCAAUGGGAUGAAAUGAUCGAAUAUGCUCGUUAUAUUCCUACCGAAUCGUUUGAAUCGGCUUUCUAUGAAGCGGUUAUUCGUGUUCAUCAAGCUGAUUUUCAACAAGCUCAAUAUUUUAUUGAUAAAUCACGUGAACUUAUCGAUACGGAUCUAACAUCGAUGGCCGGUGAAUCAUAUCAACGUGCAUAUCCUGCUAUGGUACAGAUUCAAAUGAUGAGCGAACUGGAAGAAGUGAUUCAAUAUAAAUUAGUACCAGAACGUCAAGAAAUGAUUCGACAAAAAUGGUGGCAAAGAUUACAAGGUUGUCAACGACAAAUUGAAGAUUGGCAAAAAAUUCUUCAGAUUCAUUCAUUGGUUCUUAAACCACAAGAAGAUAUGCGUGCAUGGCUAAAAUUUUCAAAACUUUGUGAGAAAAAUCAUCGUCUUGAUUUAUCAUUCAAAACCAUUGUUAAAUUGAUGGGAACGAAUCCGACAAAAUUAGUACAACAAAAUCAUCCUUUACCAAUUACCUAUCCAGAAGUUACAUUGAAAUUUAUCGAUCAUUUAUGGAAUAGUGGCCGUUAUAAACGAGCAUACAUUGAAUUGCAACGUUUUUGUCAACGUUUAGAAGAAGAGAAUAGUGGUACCAAUGUAGCAACACAAUUAAGUAAUCAACAGAAUAAUCAACGAUUCAAUAUUAAUCUACCAGAUGAAUCAAUGACCAACACAACCACAACCACAACGACGGCUGAAAUUAUAACAACAAAUAGUGAUUAUAUGUAUGCACAUAUUGCACCAGAUGCACAUAUGUCACCUGAAGCUAUUAAUAAAGUUCUUUCACGUGCAUACCUUAAACGUGGUCAAUGGGAAGAAUUUCUAUUUGAUUUUGAUCAUGUAUCAAUUCCAUCGAUUCUUGAAUCAUAUAAAAAAGCAACACAACGUGAUUUACAAUGGUAUAAAGCAUGGCAUACAUGGGCUUUUAUGAAUUUUCGUGCACUAAAAUUCUGUAAAGAAUUAUUACCCGAAGUAAGGAAAAAUAUUGAUCAUCCAUUAGAUGCAUUGGGUAAAUAUGGACCACGAAUGAAACCUAAAGAAUUUGCCAUCAAUGCUGUUCGUGGAUUUUUCCAAUCGGUUGCAUUCUGUCGAAAUGGUUCAUCCUUACAAGAUACACUUCGAAUUCUUACCAUUUGGUUCGAAGAUGGAUAUGAUGAAAAUAUACGUGCUGCUGUCGAGGAAGGUAUUAAAAGUGUAUCAAUUGAAACAUGGCUACAAGUGAUCCCACAAUUGAUAGCACGUAUAGAUAUGCCACAUGUUCCAGUUGCCAAAUUGAUUCAUACGCUUUUGACCGAUAUUGGCAAAUAUCAUCCACAAGCAUUGAUAUAUCCAUUAACGGUUGCAUCAAAAUCUUCGAAUGAAGCUCGUAGUGAAGCGGCUAAUGCAAUAUUAGUUCUGAUGCGUGUCCAUUCACCAAAUCUAGUUAAACAAGCUGUUCUAGUCUCAGAGGAAUUGAUACGUAUCGCAAUAUUAUGGCAUGAACUUUGGCAUGAAGGCCUAGAAGAAGCAUCUCGACUUUAUUUUGGUGAUAAAAAUGUUGAUGCAAUGUUUGAAACGUUGGAACCAUUACAUAAAAUGAUUGAACGAAUACCAAGUACUCGUAAAGAGUUGACUUUCUAUCAGAACUAUGGUCAAGAUCUGGCUAAAGCUUAUCAAUUAUGCCAGAAAUAUAAAAUAACUCAUGAUUCACAGAAUCUAACGCAAGCAUGGGAUAUCUAUUAUCAUGUUUUUAAACGAAUUUCUCGUCAACUUCCACAAUUGACAUCGUUAGAGCUGGAAUACGUAUCACCAAAACUAACUGAAUGUACCAAUUUAGAAUUAGCCGUUCCUGGAUCAUAUUGUCCACAUAAAGAAUUGAUUCGAAUAGCCAAAGUUGAACCACAAUUGAACAUAAUUAUUUCUAAACAGCGGCCCAGAAAACUAACAAUAAAAGGUUCAAAUGGACAUAAUUAUAUGUUCUUAUUGAAAGGUCAUGAAGAUUUACGACAAGAUGAACGUGUUAUGCAAUUGUUUGGAUUAGUCAAUACUUUGCUUAAUUCGGAAGAUGCAACCUCUAGACAGAAUUUAGCCAUUCAACGAUAUGCUGUGAUUCCAUUAAGUCCCAAUUCCGGUCUAAUCGGUUGGGUACCAUGUUGUGAUACGCUUCAUUCCUUAAUACGUGAUUAUAGAAAUAAACGUAAAAUUUUGCUCAAUAUGGAACAUAGAUUGAUGUUACGUAUGGCUCCUGAAUAUGAUCGAUUAGCAUUGUUACAAAAAGUGGAAGUUUUCGAACAUGCAUUGGAACAUACACCUGGUGAUGAUUUGGCCAAAAUUUUAUGGGUUCGUAGUCCAUCAUCCGAAGUUUGGUUUGAUCGACGAACAAAUUACACCAGAAGUUUAGCUGUUAUGUCAAUGGUUGGUUAUAUACUGGGAUUAGGUGAUCGUCAUCCCAGUAAUCUAAUGCUUGAUCGUAAUUCUGGUAAAAUUUUACACAUUGAUUUUGGUGAUUGUUUUGAAGUAGCGAUGACAAGAGAAAAAUAUCCGGAAAGAAUUCCAUUCAGAUUAACAAGAAUGUUAAUCAAAGCAAUGGAAGUGACCGGUUUAGAUGGAACAUUUCGAACCACUUGUCAACAAGUAAUGAUGUGUUUACGUAAAAAUAAAGAAUCAUUGAUGGCUUUACUCGAGGCAUUUGUUUAUGAUCCAUUACUAAACUGGAGAUUGAUGGAAGCUCAACCGAAAUCAAAAACUGAUCUGAAUGGUAAAAAACCUGUAGUUAAUUUAGCAACAAAAGAUGCUAAUACUAAUCGUCAUCGCCAUCAUCAUCACCAUACGGAUGUUGUUAAUCCAAUGAAAGUUGUAAUGGAUGUAGUCGAUGAAGAAGAUUCUGCACAUGAUAAACCAGGACCAUCUGCAGCAGUAUUACAUCAAGGCGAUGAUAACCAAGAAGGUGAUGACGAAAUCAUACAUCAUCAUCCACGUGGUCAUCCACAACGAUUAUCAUCAAUUAAACGUAUUGUAUCGAUACAAAAUGCUGAACAACAUCGACUUGAUUAUUAUCAUGAUGAAGGACUAAAUUCUAAAGCUGUUGCCGUUAUUGAACGCGUUAAUGAUAAACUUACUGGACAUGAUUUUGGUAACUAUAACCGUGUAUGUAGCGUUAAUUCUCAAGUCGAACAAUUGAUCAAACAAGCUACAAGUCAUGAAAAUCUUUGCCAAUGUUAUAUUGGUUGGUGUCCAUUCUGGUAAAAAAAAAAAAAA